UAUUUUAUUUUAAUUUUUUGCCAGACCUUAGUGAGUUGGUUGGCAAGCUGGAAAGCGGUGUAUAGUGACCAGAGAGUUUUCAGCUUCUCCAAAGAGCGAGCUGUCCUUGGAAGCACAGAGGGUGACCAGCUCAGGCCACCUGCUUGCCAGCAGAGAAGUGGGCUUGCAACGGUCUGUACUCCUGCCUGCCGUUUAAUCGAACAUCUCCCGGGGUGGAGUUGCCUGCUUUGAGCACAACGCUGCGGAUGGUGCAUGGAAGGCUCAGCUUAUCAAGCAGCAGAUUCUCUCCCUCCAGUUUAGGAAGGAGCACCUUCUGCGCAAUCAUUUCUCAGCUGACGGAGGAAACCCAGCCACUAUUUGAAACCACUAUCAAAUCCCGUUCUGUGUCCGAGGACUCUGAUGCUAAAUUCACGUGCAUAGUGACAGGAUACCCGCAGCCAGAGGUGACAUGGUAUAAGGAUGAUGAAGAGAUGGACCGCUACUGUGGCUUACCCAAGUAUGAGAUAUUCCGUCAUGGAAAUCAUCACACCCUCCAGCUGUACAAGUGCCGAGAAGAAGAUGCAGGCAUUUACCAGGCCUCAGCUAGAAAUAACAAAGGCAUCGUGUCCUGCUCUGGUGUGCUGGAAGUGGGAACCAUGACGGAGUUCAAAAUCCACCAGAAGUGGUUUGCCAAAAUUAAGAGAAAAGCUGAAGAAAAACUGCGAGAGAUAGAACAGGGCAAGAAGCGAGGGAAAGAAAAUGUGGAGGUGGAGAAGUUGCAGGGAAUGAGCCCUGAUCGGCUCCAGAGAAAGCGGAGGCUGGCCAGGGAUCUGAAUCUCCGGUUGGGAGCCUCUCCAUGGGAGAAGGAGGAUGCAGCAAAAGUGCAUGUUGCCGAUUCUCAGUCCAGAUUACAGAAGGAUGUUGCCGAGCCAAAGGAGCAGCCGGUCAAUGUGAUGACAGGCUUUCCAAACAAGCUGAUAGCACCUUUGAAAGCAGAUGUGACCACCAAUGGAGACACUUCUUUGGAAAGUGUGGAGGAGAACGGGAGCAGCUUCCUUGCAUACAUCUAUGAGACAGUGGAGGACCUAGCGACUAAGCCAAUGGCAAAAGACUCUGCAGCUAAAAAGAAGAAGGUUGUGGCUCCUCCAGCAGCAAAGCAGGAAGUUUCCAAGCGAGAAGAAACUGGAAAAGACAGGCCUAACCCCUCUCCAAAUCCAAGGUUUGUGCCUCCUGUCCCUUUACGCAGGAGCGCACGUUUGAGGGUGGCAAAUGAUCAAGAAGUGGAAAACAAUCAAAAAAUCAAACAGCCUGGGAAAGCUGUGAAUCAGGACACUAAAGUCAAUGGUAACAUGCACUUCUCUUUGAAAGAGAUGUAUUUUGAUAAGGAAGAGAAGCCAGCAGCAGGGAAGGAGGAGGCAGGAGCCAAGGAAGAGGUUGCAGGCGAGGCUGCCCUGCAGCCUGUGGCAGCUGGCAGACGGACAGAGGAUGCUCUGUCGUCCUCAGAGGUGUCGGAGGCAGGAUCUGUGCCGUCCAAGGGACAGAGAGGCCAGCAGCAAGCCCAGAAGUUGGCGGGAAACAAAGCCAUCGGUCCAGAGGUGGCAGCAACAGUGGAACAGUCCACUAGUGACCUAAAACAUCCAGUGUCCGGUGUAACUGUAGAGCCUGGUCAGCAAGCCAGUAAGCUAGAGGAGCUCAGGAAAGAUAUGCCUGUCUGCCAGGAGACCAGGGGGGCUGGGAAAAGGACAAAUCCUCGGCUGAGGCUUCAGGAGCCACCAAAGCCACCAGCAACUUCAGAGCAUGUGCAGUCCAGCAAGGAGCACCCUCCCUCUAGGAAGCAGGCAGAAGGACAUUCCCGUUCUCUUGAGGGCAGAGAGACUCAACAAGGACUGUUAAAUCAAGAGGCCAAAAGCCAAGGUGAGGAAAAGCCAUUGCUAAAGAAAUUGUGUCCUCCAGAGCCUGCAGAAAGCACUCCUCUUGAGCAGAUCACACGUCAGACAGUAGUCAAGGAUGGGAAGAACAAAGAGGCGGGAGCAGAGCUGUCCGGGAGCCAUCCUGGUCCGGAGGCAGGAGGGAGCAGUGCAGCAUCUCCCGGGGCUGUGCACAGAGAGGUGGGAGGGACACCUUCAGGACAUCAGGAGACUGAAACGCUGGCUCCUGCUCCAGUUCGACUUGCCAAGGAAGAGCUGCGUCCUGCUCCUUCAGCAGGGACAUCAGUGGCUCGGGAGGCACUGCUUGCAGCUCACAGUGCCUCAGAGAUGGAGGCCACAGUGGGAGAGGUCCCAUCUGGAGCCCAGCUGCUGCCUGCUGCAAGCAGAGAAAUGGAAAUCAAAGAGGCAAAUGGAUCUGCCCAGCAAGAGGUAUUUUCAGCUAGUACAUUAGGGGAGGAGAGUGCCAAACCAGCACCUGUGGGACCUGGGGGAAAAGAAGAAGAGCAAACAACCACAGCUCAACACCGGGUACUGGCAGCACCUUCAGGUGCUUUUGAAGGAGGUGGUGAGGUUCAGCCACAAGUGCCUCUGGUCCUGCCUAGCCCUGAGAGACCUCAGGAGAUGUCUUUGGAGGAAAAGGUGCAGCACAAAAACCUCGUUUCCUCCUUGAAGAACUAUCUGCUGCUGCUUUUAAAAAUGUCAGAUAGCAGUAAGGGUGCCAUGAAAGAAGACACUGACCCCAGGGAUGAGGAGCAGCCUGAUGCAGAGGAAAUCAUGGUCCCAGAGAUAGGCAUUGCAGGCCUGAGCCCCCGCACCUCAAGGAGAGUUUUGGAAAAGGUACAAAACAAUCAGCUCUUCCAGACAGCAGAGAACCUGCCUCUGACCCCCAGGACAUCUAGGCGGAUCACGGGCAUGAUUAACGAGGAAUUUGUUACCAGCAAGGAGAUGCUGGCUUGCAGACCUGUGCCACCAAAGAGACGUACCCGGGUGGCUCCCGAGGCAGAGGGGUCACCCCAGCUCUCUGUGCCCUCCAUCGUGGUGGGCAGCAUUCUGCCAGCAGCAGGAACAGAACAGCCUCCUGAUAAUAUUUCUGAUUUGCCUCCAGCAAGCCCUGAAAAAGAGAGCCCUGGUGACCCUCUGGCAGUGCUUCCUUGUGCCACGCCAGAGGAGCUUGCUUCUGGGGCCCGGCGCAAAAUAUACCUGCCAAAAACCAAGCAGGUGGGUGAGGAAGAGAAGGAAAUCUCAGAGAGCUCAGGGCACAUGAGAAGUCCUACCGUUUCACCACGGCAAUCCAGGAAGAACACGGCCCUUUUGCAGUCGCCUGCCCUGGCUCCAUCCCCUCCCACAGAACAGCGCUCUCCAACCCUCACAAGGAAGAUGGCCACGUUGGAGGUUCCAAAGCUCUAUGAGGAGCCCAUAGGUGACAGCAGUGGUGACCAUGAGGUCCCUGAAGAUGCUAAGCCAGAAGCACAGCCAGCGGAGUCCAAGAAAGCAAAUAAUCCAUUUAAAGCUCCACAGGUGAUUCGUAAGAUCAGGGCAGAACAAUUUUCCGAUGCAUCAGGAAACCUGAAACUUUGGUGCCAGUUCUUCAAUAUUUUGAGCGAUUCUAAGCUGAUGUGGUACAAGGACGAGAUCCCUGUAGCAGAAGCCCAAAGGAGUGCUGGGGACGAGGGCCAGGCAGCUUUGGCUCUUGUGCAGGCGUCUCAGAAGGACUGCGGGGUGUACCGGUGCAUGAUCAGCAAUGAGUACGGCACCGACUCCACCGAUUUCUUGCUCAGCCCGGAAGUGCUGUCGGGAUUUAUCUUGCGGGAAGAGAUCGAAGUUGGAGAGGAGAUUGAGAUGACGCCCAUGGUGUUCGCGAAGGGUUUGGCUGACGCAGGCUACUGGGGAGAUAAGCUUUUCGGGCGCGUGAUAAGCGAGGACGUGGAAGUGGGUGCUGGUUUCCUGCGUAAAGCCUGCCGUGCCAGAGCCAUCUACGGCCUGGAGCCCAUCUUUGAGUCUGGCUGCACUUGCGUCAUCAAAGUGCACAAUUUCAUUGUCUUUGGGACCAAGAAUGAGAACAGCCUCAUCGAGAAGAACUACGAUAUCACCAUCCAGGAAUGUAAAAUCCAGAACUCCAGCCGUGAGUACUGCAAGAUCUUCGCUGCUGAGGCACGAGCUGUCCCUGACUUUGGAGCAGUGCCCGAGAUAAUUCCUGUGUACCUGAUUUACCGACCGGCCAACAACAUCCCUUAUGCCACGAUGGAGGAGGACCUGGGUGGGCCCUGUGAGCAGUACUGUGUCACUGAGAGAGAUGGCAGCUUGAUGGCACGAGGCACCUCGGAGAUCGUGCUCAAAUGCUGCACCUUCCAGCAUUGGGUCUACCAGUGGACAAAUGGAAACAUCCUCGUGACUGACAUGGAAGGAGUGGGCUGGAAGCUGACCAAUGUGCGGAUUGCUACCAACCUGAAAGGGUACCAGGGGCUGAAGGAAAGCUGCUUCCCCUCCCUGCUGGAGCAAUUCGUGGCUGCUCACCAGUGUAACCGUUACUGCAGCAUCCUGGGCCUGAAGACGCUGGAGCCAGCCAAGCCCAAGGGCUCCAGAAGCCCCUCCAUGGGUAGGAAAUCUGCUCAGUCCAGCCCCCAGCUGCAGAAGAAGGGUUUGGCAAGUCCCCAGGGUACCCGCAAGGCUGCCGUGAGCCCCAAGAGCUCCCGGAAGGCUGCAGAAACAGGGGAGGCCCUGACAGCCUCCAAACCCGGAUCAGGAGAGAGUGGCAGGUCUGGCUGCCCUCAGUAGCCCAGGACCCCAGCCUGAGCUUCCCAGAGGCAGCAUGUGGCCAGGCUAGGGAGGGGAGAGCCCAGCAGUGGUUGCUGCCACCCCACUCUCCUCCCUCUGGCUCCCACCCUGGCCUGCAGCCCUUGCCUUGUGUAGUGCGUGCUAGUGUGAGCGGCUCAGCUGGGGUCGGGGGGGCUGCGAGCCGCAGGCAGCAUGGACCCCUUUGCCCAUACCUCUACAGAAGCUGCUGCUUGUGGUGGAGCUGGUGGGGCCACGUGCUCCUCCAUGCUCAGGCUCAGCUGCCCUCUCUUGACUCUCCUGUCUGCCUUCCUUAAGGCAGGGGCUGUCAGACCUGCUCCCUCUGGCUUUUCAGGCACCAUGCCCCCUGCUUGGUUUCCCUGAGCAAACUGGGAUUCCAGGCUGCCUUCCUGGCUCCCAGCACCUCAUGUCCUUCUUUGUAUCCUCUGUAAAGCGACUGUACCAAGCCCUGCCAGAGCUCUGUGCCAAGGAUGUGAACCCAGCAGCACCCAGAUGGGGUCAUUUGUCCUGGCACACUGAUUUACAAGGUUUUCUGCAGAGGGGUUUAGUGGCGAGCUGAAGGGGUCCUGCUGCUAUUGUGUGGGGCUCUGGGGUGCAGGCCAGUCCCCUGGCAGGGCACUGGCAUUUUGCCCCCCUUCCCUCGUGGCCCUCCCUGUGCCCCAGGGUGUCCCUCCAUGCCCUUGCUGGGUGGAUACUGAGGGCAGCAGUGCUGCUAUGGGUGCCAGCCGGCGCCACAGCAAAGAUGCUCUACCUCACACAGGGCACUGGGUGCGGGGUGAAGGGGACACCUCCCCUCCAUGCCAGGGUGCUGCUUCAGCAUGUGGGUGUCCAGCCCCCAGGACUCAGCCCCCUCGCCUGCCUGCCCGACACACACCCCAUAGGCCCUGCCCAGCCCCCCAGCACAACCUGCUCACGCUUGGUUGCCAUCUCCUGCUUGGCACAGGCCCUACUCCAGUGGCAGCUCACAGCACCUACUCCAGAGCCUCCUGCCACGUGGCACGAGGCAGCGGGGACAGGC